AUGUCAAAUGAAACCAUCCUAGAAAUUCCUUCAGAUCCCAACGUUCUAUCUUUACCAUCUUUUCCUUCACCUAGAUCAUCUACUUCCUCUGCUCAAUCAUUACCACCCCUUACACCUUCUUUAGAAAUCUCAAUGAUGUCUUUAUCCGAGUUUCCCCUCUCGACCACCGCAUCACCUUCCCAUUCAAACAUUUACGAAGACCUCGACACCCCUUCCAAACAUCCUAACCAACACAUCUUAAAACAUAAUGCAGUUCAACCCACUUCGACUCUUUCGCACAACUUCCCCUUGACACCUUCGUCUCAUACCACCUCUGAUACUUCUGACACUUCCGACGUUCAAGAGGAAGGUAUCAAAAAAGACUUUACUUUUGGUGAUUGUUGCUCCACCCCACAACUUCCAGGCACACCAACAGCUCAAGAUGGUAUAUUCUUCGAAUAUCCUUUCCGACCUAAUCCUGAACCUCCAACUUUUGUUCCAAGUUUACAUCGUCGAGGUAGUUUAGCCGAGAGAGUUCAAGGAUUACAUUCUACAUAUGUAGUAGGAGAUGGAAGAAGAGGUAGUAUACCCACACCACCAGGUACUAGAAGGAGUAGUACUUGUUCAACUAUUUCUACUAUCCCCAUAACUGGUAGACGUCCAAGUAUACUUCAUUCUGCUACUGUACCUCCUUCUCCAGUCAUCUUACCAGCCGAACUCUCCCCUCAACAACACGGUAGUUCGAUCAAUGGCUCGUUCUCAGGUACUUGGCCUGGAAGGGGAGUGAAUGGAUUAAGAGGGAAUCCGAAUCAAAAUCAACCCAGAAGAUCUUCUAUACUCUUUCCGCAAAAAUUACAAGUCACUCCGAUUCCUCCGAGCUUGUUGAAUCGUAGGGGAAGCUUACCGGUGCAACAAUUGAAUUUUGAGGCUUCACAGAGAGGGUUUACGACGAGCAGUGUGGCUUUGUAUAAGCGUAAAGAGAGUGAAGUGAUGGGGGCGAAGAUUGAUGAGGUUCAGUUUGGCUCGAAUGGGGAAGUCGGAACAGGUGUCGGGAUGGUAGAAGGAUUAGGAAGAAGACAUUCGAUGAGACCUCAUAGACCAGCUCCGAUCAAUUCGAAUGGUAGAAGACCAUCGUUACCGUCUUUGGAUAUACCUCAAAACUCAUCAAUCGUAACUUCUUCUCCCCUUCCGAAUUCGCAGCAGAGAUAUACCAUCCGACCUAGACAAUCAUCAGCUCAUCAAAGUUCACCCAUCUCUUCGCAUCUUCGUCCCAUCCAUUCAUCUUCUCAAUCUAUACAUUUUCCCGUUUCCACGUCAACUCCCGCUAACUUUUCACGAUCAAACCAAUCAUCUCCUCACUCCAACCUCGAACCUCAGACAGGUCUAAUUUCCACCGGCAAACUCCGUACCACGUUAUCUACACGUCCUCAAACCAUUUCAUCUCCGCGUUCUAGUUUAUCGGGUCAAACCACACUCUCUCCUCGAACUAGUCUGACGUCAUUGCCAUCAGGUCAGAUCCAUUCCCCUAGAUCUAGUCUUCCAUCACCUUCUGUAUCCCGAUCAUACGAAUCAACACCCCGUUCAUUCUCUUCAACCGAAGGUAGUGUACCGGAAGAAGAUGAAGGAACCUUGAUCGAAAAUAACUCAAUGCGCGAUCUGGUUGGAGAAGAUAGUGUGAAGAAAGGGGAUAAUCAACGGGGAAUAGAAGAGGAUGUCGGAAGACGAAAUUGUCAUGAAGAAAGAGUGAGAUUUAUAGAUCCUUGGGUCAAAGUUAGACCGCCUUUGGAGAGUAUACCAAGUGAUGAAACUGAGAAAGCUUGA